AUGAUCACAUCGUUGGCUCAAUGGAUCGUUGCGCGUUUUGGAUGGCAGUGGAAGCCGAGCUCAUUAGAAAUGAUAUUCGUGAGAUGUGCGUGUCCCGGAACAAUUUUCACGGUGCCGAUUCCCAGUGGCAUCCUGAAGUGCAAGAUCGUGUUUUCCAUGAUCGCUCUGGGUGGGAUGUGGGACGCCAACGGUCUGAAUGUGGCUAUGAUUCGUUAUCGGCUCGCGAAGGGGGACAAGUGCAUCUACAAGUAUGGUAAGCAUCCUUUGAGCAAGCAGCCUUUUCAGAUCAAGCUGAGCGCGUUUACGGGUUCGCCCAGGCUUUCCGCAAGUUAUCUCCUGUCCAUGCGUUAUGAGAACUUGCGUUGUUUGCAUGAAAUUGCGCGGUGGGAAUAG